AUGGCAGUACCAACUGUGCAGAAUCUUCGGCGAAAACCCACCGCUCCUUCUCCAGCAUCCGAUCGAACGCCCACAAUUCGCAAGCUGCUUCAGCAGAAGAAGAAACGAAUGACGGCUGUUCCAUGUCAUGUGAACUCCGUAUGUAGCACGUGCCAAACUCGUACCACCUCCUUAUGGCGUCGAAAUCAUCUUGGAGAAAUUGAAUGCAACGCUUGCAAUCUCUACUUUCGCAAGAACAACUGCAAACGACCGGUGACACUUCGCAAGGACGAAAUCAUGAAAAGAAAACGGAAACCCCGGGUUGACUCUAGCCAUCCAACUGGGAUUUCCAUGACAAGCACAACUCUCGACAUAAAACCAACUAUUACCAGACAAACCCCUCGUUUGUUUACGUGA